UGUGUUUUAAUUUUGGUGCUCUCCUCCCGCACACAGUUCCAUUCCAUUCUCCAUCCACUGCCCAGUUUCUCUCUCGCUCGAAAUUGGUGCUCCCUGCACGCGUUUCUCCUCCACCGUGACAUCCACCACGUCGCCUCCCUGCGUCUUCGCGUUUUCCUCCUCUACCCUUUCUAGGGUUUGCACACUUCAAUUUUUUCCCAACCCGAACCGCGCAACCCCCUGAUUCUGUCAUACUUCGCCUCUGCAACGAAGGAAUUACAGUGUUGCCCCCUGAUUCUGUCAUACUUCGCCUCUGCAACGAAGGAACUCCAUUCACUGCCCGAUUAGUUAUGGAGGAGCAAUUCAUACUUAGAGUUCCACCGAAUGUGGCAGAGCGGAUAGAGCGGCUUUUAAAUGAAACUGAUCCUUCUUCAUCUGAAGACAAGUCAUUAGAUUUGUCAUUUAGUGAGGAUGGAAGAAGUGGUACGUUUAUGAUUGGGAAUGAACACUUCCCAGCUUCUCUAUUGGACCUUCCCUGUGUUGUUGAAUCCUACAAGUCAUAUGAUGAUAACUCUUUGAUUAAGACAGCUGAUAUUGGUCAGAUGAUUAUGGUUCGGGAAUCCGGUGAUGCUGCUCCAGAUGUAAUUGAGUACAGGCAUGGCCUCACCCCGCCCAUGAGAGAUGCUCGCAAGCGUAGAUUUCGCAGGGAGCCAGAUCUUAAUCCUGAGCUUGUGUCCCGUGUUGAGAAAGAUCUCCUCAAAAUCAUGGCUCGAGGAACAGCUGAAAAUCUUGAUGCAGAAGCCGCUGAACAAGAAGUCGAGGAGAAUGCUCGAGGUGGUAAUAAAAAAGCUGCACCUAAGCCUGCACCGAAACAUGAUGUUCCAGAGAAUCAUACGAAUGCAGGGGAGCCUGACAGGAGUGAUUCUGAGGAAUCUGAUGACUCGGUCUGACCCAAAUCAACUUCCAAAUAAUAUUUAUAUUACAAACAAUGAUGAAAUGACAGCCUGUAUAGUAUAAUUGCUGCAGUUAAACUUGAAUUCUGUCCACCAUUAAAAUCAAUUUUGGUGGAUUUUCCAUUGUAGUUGUUUGUAUACACUUUUGUAUAUUUAUCAAAUGGUGCAUUUUCGUGUUAUCUUUUA